CUUUAUUUUGUCUAUUGCGUUCUCCUGUAUAUUCAUCUACGUGAAGCACCCCUCAUGUUCCUGGUCUGCUUAUGGCCUGCACCCCAAUUUAGACACUUACCAGCUUUAUUGCAUACCAAGUUGAGUGGAGUGAUGGUCAAUCUGCUGUGAUAAAGAAACACUUGUUCAUGUCAUUGGUGCCGAACCGCAGAUACAAUUUGGGAGAACUUUUAAGACUGAAUAUAUGGAAAUCUGAGGGAAAUUAUUGCUGGGAGUCUGGAAGUCACUGAAAUGUAGCGGUCUCUUGCUAUACUGUUCUAUUCAGUGAGAGAUCAGUCCUGGAGAAUUCCAUCUGGCAACGAGUAAAAGCCCUGCCCACAAGAGUUGACAAUCUGCAAGGAAGUGGGGUUGAAACAAAAGAGAGAAAGUGCUUGAUUUAUUCAAUGGUCCAGCUUCUUUUAUGGAAGAGCCAGUCACCAGCCAAUGCAUAACAGGCAAAAGGAAUCAUGGAUACGAUGUAACUGAGGUUGACCUCACCAAGUGCCUCAAUAGCCAAGGGCCAUUUGAUCUCAUUAUCCACAAGUUGUCGGACCUCUUGGUGGAAGCAGGUCAGGACCUGGCAUCCCAUCACCUUGUCCAGAGGCUUCAGGUCUAUCUGGACACUCAUCCAUUUACCAUCCUUCUGGACCCUCUACCUGCUGUGCACACACUUCUUGACCGAUUCCAGUCGUAUCACCUUCUACGAAACCUGGAGACCCAACAACAUGGGGUCAGCGCUGUGUUCUCCCCUCCAUGUGUGGAGCUGAUGUCCAAACGAAGUGACGUGGUGGCUUUGGUUAGAGAACGACUUACCUUCCCUAUCAUUUGCAAAACCCGGGUGGCUCACGGACCGCGCUCACAUGAGAUGUCCUUGAUUUUCAAUGAGAAGGGCUUAAAGGAUGUGAUGCCCCCUUGUCUCCUCCAGAGCUUCAUCAACCACAGUGCCACCCUCUAUAAGAUUUUUGUUGUGGGGUCGCAGCAUUUUGUUGUUAAGCGACCAUCCGUACGUAAUUUCCCUCAGGGGGAGACAGACCAAACCACAAUUUUCUUUCACAGCCACCAGGUCUCCAAAGCAGAGUCCUGUUCACACCUAUGCCAAACUCCUCUGUAUCCAGACGUUCUACCGCCAUCAGAUGAUGUUGUCAGACAGGUGGUCCAGAGUCUUCAGGGUGCUCUAGGGAUGUCUCUCUUUGGUGUGGAUUUAAUAGUGGACACUCAGUCUGGUCGUUGUGCAGUUAUUGAUGUCAAUGCCUUCCCAGGAUAUGAAGGCGUCGCAGAAUUUUUCCCAGCUUUACUGUCGCAUGUGGACAAACUUCUCAAAAACAACAAAGAAUAUAAAUCUACUUUGGAAGGUUCCCCUGAUGGCACUACAAGUGACGAUCUCAAGAUGGACCUACGAUCUCUCCCAGAGCCUUGUAAAAGACAAGUCAGCAGCACAUCUUACUUUUCAAUGCGUACCCCGGCCUUUUCUGCCGAUUGCUGACAAAGGAGAUAACCAAACCAAUGGACCUUUCUGUAGUAAAUUAAACCUCGACAUUCACAAUCUGUCAUUUCGAUGAGAUAACCUUUUUCUGAAACCACAUGAUGAAAUUCUACUUGACUUAUUAUAAGAAGACCAUCUGAGGAACAUGGACCUCUACCCAAUGAAGACUGCCAGCAACAUCCAAAAUACUUGGACCCUGAAAGUGUCAUUUUUAUUUGGUUCUCACUACAAAAUGAAGAUUAUCACCGGACAGUCAUGACUUUGAGAAGAUGUUGUAUUGACGAUAUAUCUCCCAUACUGACUGGGACCUUCUUACUUAAUGUGUACCUAACAUUGCUUCUGUAAAGCUAAUUGUAAUAUAAUUUAUGAACAAAAUAUUUCUAAAAGAAAGAAGAUAAAGAAGUAUAGUAAUAUUAUUAUGAAAAUCAAUUCAAUUAGGUACUAUCAGGAUGACAAGCCUGGAUAUUGUGGACAUAUGUAAUCUUGGUGACUCCAAAGCCAGGAUCUGUCAUGAGCGUAUUAACAGGCCAAAGCUUUACUUUAUAAUAUAGCCACAAAAACACAGCUUCAUUGUGAUUAUAGUGUACAACGAACUGUGGAAGAAUUGUUUAUAUACAGGGUACAAGAACACGUGCAAUGCGCUGGCAGGUUAUAGUCCGGAAGACAGAAGAUUGAGGUCCAC